AGCUGCCUCUCUCCCGCAGCCCUAUCGCAUGCGCCGCAGUCUCUCCCGACCUUGACUCUCCAGCAGCCAGUGUAGCCAUUCGCGAGCAAGACGUAGGAGGAGGCGGAGGGCAGACGCAGGGGCUUCAUCGGCGGUGGGCAGAGUUGGGACACUGGGCGAGUCCUCUUCGAGACCAUGAGGCACCUCUUCCGCUCCAACGUCCUCAUCUCUGGGCUACUGGAGUAGUGCUCUAAGAUCGGUAUGUCUCUGCUCAUCAUAAUAUGUACAUAUACAUCAGUAAAUUGUGAGAUAAAGGCCUACUGGUUUACCUUGAUGAUGCAUUUUUGAUUCCUUGCCCUAUUUGAUCUAGUAAAGUCUAAUUACUAUUGUGUACCUUUUGUAAAUUGAUGCUAUUAGACUAUUCCUAGAUCCACGACUGCUCCUCAUCUGCUAUAGAAUAUAGUUAUGUAAUUAAUUUGUUCAAGUUUGGAUGGUAGCUGAACUCACGCAGCAUGAAUAUGGACAGGCCAAUAAACUAUGGUGGUUGCAGAGGCUUUUCAGUAGCUAGGUAGUACUUAGCCAUAGUUGCUCCAAUUCUUUGUCCCCAUUUUGACCUCAAUUUGUUGGAGUACCAAUCUGAUCUACAUUUUAAUUUAGUGCGAUGCCUACUGACCUACUUCAAUUGCUAGGCCUACAGUAGUUGUAUCUUGGAAUAUAAUUUCUAAAAGUAUUUCCUGAUCAGCACAAUGUCUAGAACUAUCUGUAACUUAAAAUAUUUUUUAAUAUGUCAAUCUGACAUAUGUCUAGAACUAUCUGUAACUUUCUUGCCAAGAGCUAGAUGAAAAACUGCAGGUUUUACCUUGGCCUAUGUUUAGUUAUCACCAUCUAUUUUGUAUGAAAUAUAUUACCAACAAUACAUAUAUUGCAUAAGAAAACACUUACAUGUAAAUAAAUCAUUGAGGACCCAUGUGUGUUGAUUUGAAGUGAUUAGACUGUAAGAGGAAAAUGUACAAAUACUAAAAGUGUUUCGUCAAAAACCCAUUCCACUAAUGUUAGUAGGUCACUCACUGCUCUGUAUGGUGACAUAUCUUUCAGGAAAUUUUAUUAUAAAUCUGACCCCCAGGCCCAAGCUGGGAUUUUGGUAGGUGGUAAUAGUUCCUACUUCCUAGUGGCCUUUUAAAUGUCAAGACCUAUUCCCUGGUUAUCCAGUUGUAAUCUUUUGUGUAGUUGAUCUGCCAAGAAAUCAAAUCCUUACAUCAAGUUUGUCCCUAGUACAAAAGCAAACACGCUCACAUGUGAAACCUAUCUACAAAAGUGAAAUUUAUUAGUGAAUCUCCAGUAAAUUACUAGCUCAGAAAUAGCAACCGGUGCAACUUCUCGCUGUAUCUAUGGCCUGAAGGAAGAUCAGGAUUGCUGCUACCCACCACCUGUCAUAGUUUGCAGCUUUAUACAAUAGUAAAUAUCAUUAGAACCUUACCAUGUAUCUUACUGACAAACCCUUCUAGUGAUAUCGUCCUUAGGUAUGGAGUAAUGCAGGCCUGUAACAUUCUCUGAUAGCACUGUUAGAAAUGUCAAUUGUAGUCAUAUAAGGGGCGUACGUGAGGUUAGUUGUGAUACGAGUUUGAUACGGUCAAGGCUAGAGUUCCUAAUUUGUGGGACUCUCCCUUCUAUAUAUUGUACACCCCGAUUGAGGUUGUUUCAAUCUACUAAAAAUAGAUUAACAUGCAGUCACCGCUCGCCUGAGUUUGGGCGUUGGUGCUUCCCUACGCGCCUCUGAUUUCUACAUGGUAUCCAGAGCCUAAAUCAAUCUAUCCCCAUCGCCAUGUCGAGCUCGAGCUCAUCAUCAUCAAAUCCCCACUCUGGCCUCAAGGUCCCAAAAAAGCUUGGGAAAAGCAACUACCCUCUAUGGAAGGCGUUCGUCCGAUCUGCUAUACGUGGCGCUCGUCUCCAGGGUCAUCUCUCCGGUGAUGCCAAGGCACCCAACAAAGAGAUCAUCACCACCGAAGAAGGCAAGGAGAAGGAAGGCAAAAAGAGAAGCCCCAAUCCAGCCUUUGAAGAGUGGGAAGUUCGUGAUCAGCAGGUUCUGAAUUUCUUGUUGUCCUCAAUCUCCAAAGAUGUGGCAACCCAAGUCGCCACACGAGAAACAGCAGGAGAUGUCUGGGCGGCGAUUGAAGAGAUGUUCGCCUCCCAAACCCGUGCACGCACGGUCCAUCUGCGCAUCGCGCUGGCCAAUACAAAGAAAGGAAAUUCCAACAUCACCGAUUACUUCAAUAAGAUGAAAGCGCUUGGUGAUGAGAUGAUUGCAGCUGGCCGCAAUCUUGAUGAUGAAGAACUGGUUGAGUAUAUACUCACAGGCCUUGGUGAAGACUACACCUCCCUGGUCACAGCCCUUACUGCUAGGGUUGAAAAGAUCUUAGUUGGGGAGUUAUACUCUCAACUCCUCAAUUUUGAGAAUCGUAUGGAUCUUACCUAUGGAGGUAGCGCUGGUUCAGCAAAUGCCGUCAACAGAGGACGUGGCGGCUUCUCAAGGGGAGGUGGCCGCACCCAAGGUAGUCAAGGAGGGCAGCAAGGUCGUGGCCGUGGUGGAUCUUCAUCACGCGGUCGCGGCAACUCCAAUUUUCCCAGAGGCGGUGGACGUGGCUCCUACAAUAGGAGCCGUACUUCUCCAAGUGAAGAAGAUGAUCGCCCCCUAUGCCAAGUUUGCUUCAAACUUGGACACACUGCAGAUAGGUGCUGGCACAGGUAUGACGAAGAUUACGUGCCAGAUCCCAAGCAUGUAGCCGCUGCAACAAAAUCCUACAGUGUUGACACCAAUUGGUACGCUGACACGGUCGCCACUGACCACAUCACGAGUGAUCUAGACAAGUUGGCCUUCAGAAACAAGUAUCAUGGAGGAGAUCAGAUCCAUACCGCUAACAGUACAGGUAUGAACAUUAGUCAUGUUGGUCAUGCUACUUUUCAUACCCCAUAUCGUGAUAUUCAUCUAAACAAUGUCUUACAUGUUCCACAAUCCCAAAAAAUUUAGUGUCUGUCCAUAAAUUAGCUUGUGAUAAUUCAGCCUUUCUAGAAUUUCACCCUGAUUUUUUGCCAUCAAGGAUCAGGCAAUGAAGAAAACAAUUCUAGAGGGAUGAUGCCACAAGGGUCUUUAUCCUCUUCCUGCUCCACCAAUAAAGCAAGCUCAUGGUGUGUCUCGAGUUCCAAUGUCCAGGUAGCAUAGUCGUCUAGGACACCCGUCAACUAGUAUUGUCAAACAUGUCAUUAGUCAUAAUAAGCUUCAUGUUUCCGUUGAGUCCUCAAAAGAGUCUGUGUGUGAUGCCUGUCAACAGGCCAAGAGUCAUCAAUUGCCUUAUAAAAAUUCAGAUAGUAUUUCUACUGCUCCAUUGGAGCAUGUUUUUUCUGAUGUCUGGGGCCC